AUGGCCAAGUUCAGGAAGCAAACCACCUUCUCACAAGAGCCCGACAUCCUCCAUGCCAUAGACGCGCGCUUCGAUGAGCUGGAGGAGACGGUGGCGCUCGCCUCCAUGGUUCCGGAGCUCCACGAGCGCUUGGCCAAGCUGGAGGAGAUGAUGACGCGGAUGUCGCAGGGCUUCCGGGGUGACUUGAAGGGCCCUCAGAUCGCCAACGAGCCGCCCCCGGCUCCCAUUGUGCCGCCGGACGACGUCGUUGGAAUGAAGGACGAGGUGGACAAUGCUGAGAAGAAGCUGCACGUGGGCAACGACACCCCGAAGUCUGAGAAGUCCACGAAAAGCCACGUCUCGAAGAUCACCGAGUUUUCCAG